AUGGCGUCUUCCGACGACAAGGCAGAGAACUUGCCGGAAAGGGUCUCCACGUACUACUUCAAGAACCACGAUGACGAGCCCGUCUCGUUCUCCGUCCUCCCAGUGAGGUGGAGCGAUAGGGAGGGCGGCGAUGAGGCGACCUCCGAGACAAUAUUCUUGCAUGGGACUGCCGAUAAUGGCCUCAGGAAGAUUUACAGGGAGGUCAAGUCUUGGAGGUUUGAUCUCGGCAGCUCGAGGCCACAAGUGUCAGUGCUCUCCAAGGACAACAUCUGUUUCAAGCUCGAGGAUCCGAGGAGGAGCUUUCAGGAUACGACCAGAACCGUGUUGAUCACGUUGCACUGCCUGCACUACGCCAGGAAUCACCCGGAUGCAUCUGGACAAGCGCUGUGGAAGCACUUGGCUAGAACCUUGGGGUUCUAUGAGGUCCGGCCUUCUGCGAAGGAUUUGCAAGACCAUGUGGAGUUAAUUAAAGAGGCUAUAGGAAGGGAUGAUGCAUUGGCGAAAUCCAAGGUUCUGAACAAAUUAAUGGAAGAAAAGCCCUGGGAGAGGAGCAAAUCUGGCAAGAAUGUUGCCAAACCUAGUUUUAUCAUGCAUGACACUGAAGAUGUUGGGAUGGAAGAUGUUGAAGAUGGUACCGCCAAGGAGGAUGAUUGUUUUUAUUCUGUUUGUGCGCAAUGUGAUAACAGUGGUGACCGCUUAUGUUCUUAUGAGAGAAGCACACUCUCUCCCUAUGAGUGUGUUGCUUAUAGUGGCAAUGGUAACUGGGAAUCAGCCAUGAGUGUAGUCCAUUUCUAUAUUCCACUUGCUUUAACAACUGUGAGACAAUUGGAUUUGGCCCGCUUUGAUGAAAAUUCUCUUCUCUACCUUUGGUCUACUCUGGGUGAAAGGCUAUAUUCCUCCAUGACAAAGCCAUCUGAGCAAAUGCAACCUGGAAAAAAAGUUAUACCAGAUAGUGAAGAGAAAAAAGCAAUGCAGCCCGCUUCAGAGAAGUCAGAUGACUCAUCUCCAGCACUAGAUGCUGACACUGAGAGGAGGCUUCUGAAUCUAAUGAAGGAGGCUGAAUCUUCAGUAACCAUGGAAGAUGUUAUGAGAAGGCAGAAUGUGCCAUCUACUUAUGCACAAUAUCAAAAGUCAACUGUUGAUAAGGCAAUUACUAUUGGGAAAGUGGAGCGUUCGGUUCAGGCUGCUCGAGCAGCUUUGCAGAGGCUAGAGGAAGGAGGCAGCAAUGAAGAUGCAAAAGCUAUCUGUGACCCAGAUGUUCUAGCUGAGAUAUUCAAGUGGAAGGACAAGCUUGGAGUGUAUCUUGCACCAUUCACAUAUGGUAUGCGCUACACUUCCUUUGGUCGGCAUUUUACGAAAGUGGAUAAACUUCAAGAGAUUGUUAACGAGCUCCAUUGGUAUGCUCGGGAUGGUGACAUGAUUGUUGACUUCUGCUGUGGGGCUAAUGAUUUUAGCUGCUUAAUGGCAAAGAAGCUUGAAGAGACCGGAAAGAAGUGCUCUUACAAAAAUUAUGAUAUUUUUCCACCUAAGAAUAACUUCGAGUUUGAACUGAGGGACUGGAUGACUGUCCAACAAAGAGAACUACCUUCUGGGUCAAAAUUGAUCAUGGGGCUAAAUCCUCCUUUCGGAGUUAGAGCAGCUUUGGCGAACAAGUUUAUUGAUAAAGCUCUUGAAUUCAAACCAAAGCUCCUUAUUCUGAUUGUUCCAUCAGAAACUGAAAGAUUAGCUGAGAAAAAGUUUCAGUAUGAUCUGGUGUGGAAAGACGAUCGAUUCUUGUCUGGAAAGUCAUUUUAUUUGCCAGGGUCUGUGGAUGUGAAGGAUAAACAAAUUGAACAGUGGAACAAUAAGCCACCAUUGCUGUAUCUAUGGAGCCGUCGAGAUUGGACUACAAAACACAGGACCAUAGCCCAAAAGCAGGGUCACUUGCAGUCAAACGAUGACUGCAAUGGAUCACUAGAUCUUCAUUAUCUGAAAGAUGACCGGAGCCUUUGCAUCGGUACCCCGUCACUUACAAGUGAUACCUCCAUGCCAAUGGGUAGGACUGAAGAAACCAAAGAAAGAGUCAAUAUAGCUGGAGAUCAAAAAGAGUGUUUUUCUCGAAGUGACAGCGGGAGACAAAGCAGGGAGAGCCAGUCUACUGGUCCUUCUGUGGGGAAGGCCAAUGUACCUCGUCAGCCCUCACCCAAUUUGAAGAUUGGGAAGUCUUGGUCCAAUGAUCGGUCCUCUAAAGAAAAGGCUGGUAGUAGAGAAAUUGAUGAGGAGCUGCCGGCAAAGGUAACCUCUCGUCGUCCCUCACCUAAGUGGUCAGUCAAUGACCGAUCCUCAAGAUCACAUGAAGUUCCCUUUGAGAAGGAAGUCAGCGGCAUGAAUUAUCAACACGCUGACCCAGGCAUGUCUAUGUCACUUGUUGAGAACUUUUAUGGUGGCCGAGGAUCCACUCUCUCUGCUGAUGCCAGCAGGAUGUAUGGACUGAACUACAAUAGAUAUUAUCCAACUCAGAACUCGGUGGGACCGGCUCAUAUGAGGUUCAAUGCUAACUACGGACCUCAUGUCUCUGAACCUGAAGAGAGAUAUUGGAGGGACCUGGAUAUGCGUUCGCAGGUCCGUCUUUAUGGCCAGCAAUAUCCAAAUGUGUCUACAAGAAAUUACGGGGUAGGUUAUGAUCCCAGCAACGGUUUUGCACGCAUGGGUUCCAUGGCUGUAUUAGCCCAGCGAGGAGACAUGACUGCAGUGCAACGAUAUGCUCCCCGUUUGGAUGAAAUGAAUCCAACGAGUACAAACAAUGAGAGGCCUGAGGCAACCGUGAUUCGUGGAAACGAGCAUCUUGAUCCUAACAGGGGACAAGGACCUCAAUUUGGACACCAAGGCUAUGCUUUUGGCUUUGCCGCUGGUCCUCGUUGGCCAUACUAUCGAUAG